AUGGGCUCAUCAUUAUAUCAUCUGAGGGUGCUAGACCUACAUGAUAACGGCUUUUCUGGUCAUGUACCUUGGACUUUUCAUAAUUGCACAUCUUUGGUCCUGAUCAAUUUGGAAGGAAACCACUUACCUGGAAGUAUACCAACAUGGAUGCCACAAAAUGUAUCAGUUGUGAAGCUGAGAUCCAAUCAAUUUACAGGCAACAUUCCUCCACAGCUAUGCAAUCUCUCUACUUUGAUUGUACUGGAUCUUGCAAAUAACGAUCUUUCUGGAUCAAUCCCUCAUUGUCUACCCAAUAUCCUAAGUUUGAUUUCAGAAUUUCAGGGAAAUGUGUUAACCAUCGAAAUUGAUGAUCAAUAUGGCUUCCCAAUUUCACAUGAAUUCAAAAUUGAUUUGCACACAAAGGGUCAACAAUUAGAGUAUGAGAGAAAUCUGAAGCUUGUACGGAUUAUUGAUCUAUCAGCCAAUAAACUAUCAGGAGAAAUUCCUGUACAAUUGUUCAAGCUAGCCAAGCUACAAUCCUUGAAUUUGUCUUAUAAUUAUUUGAUAGGAGAGAUACAAAAGCAAAUUGGGGAGAUGAAAGAUCUAGAAUCUCUUGAUUUCUCCCAUAAUAGUCUUCAUGGGAACAUUCCCCAGAGCAUGUCUGGUUUAUCUUUCCUAAGUGAUUUGAAUCUAUCAUACAACCAUUUCAGCGGACAAAUUCCACUGGGGACUCAACUUCAAAGUUUUGAUGCAUGGAGUUGUACUGGGAAUCCUGAGCUUUGUGGAGCUCCUCUUCCAAAUAACUGCACUGCACUAGAAAAACCAGACGAUACAAAGGAGGUUGAAGGAAACGACGAGGAUGCUUUUUUGAGGUCAUUGUAUCUUGGAAUGGGAGUUGGAUUUGCCGUGGGAUUCUGGCAACAUGUAGCUGAUCGAAGUACGUACUUACGAGGCUCCAUCACAGCAGUUGCAGAAGCUUUGCUGAUUGUGUGUGAGAGAUCAAAAUGGUCCAGAACCCUUGAGAGUGAAAUCAACUUAUCUUCUUUACUUGCUCUUGAAUUUCUGGAAUUGUUAGACUUGAGCUACAAUGACUUUGAACGAAUAAACACGCCGUCCAUCAAUAGUUCUGUUGCUGCAACUCAUGGUCAUUUGCUAGCAAAUUUUUCUCUGCUUGAUCACCUGGACUUAUCAUACAACAUGCAUCUUCGUAUUGAUAAUUUUCAUUGGCUUUACUCUCGACUUCCCUCCCUGACACUUCUCGAUCUCAGUGGCAUUCACCUUCCUAGUGAAACGAAUUUAGUUCAGUCAUUGGCUUUGCUAUCUCUGGAAGAAUUAUAUUUGUAUGAUUAUAUGGAAACUACCUCAUGGUUGUUCAAUCUUAGCAAUGACCUCACCUUUCUUCGCCUCAAUCAAUGCAAUUUGAGAGGUCCAAUUCCAGAUUUUUCAGGCUAUCAAAAUCUGCUUUUCAUUCCUUCUAAUCUUGUAAAUGCAUCAAGUUUAGGAGCUUUAGAUAUUAGCUUUAACGAAUUGAGUGGUAAACUUCCAACAAACAUCGACCAAAGGUGCUUUGAAGUUUUGGAUUUGUCUCAGAACUCAAUUAACGGAGGUAUAUCGAACUUGUUACUGGAAGGUUUGAAAGUACUUAUGUCAUUUAAUAGAUUCAAAGGACGACUUCCUCAAGCAUCAAAUAGGGUGCAAGCUUUGAGUUUAGCUUACAACUCUUUUUCGAGAUCUUUAUCUUCUUUAUUAUGUCACACCGCUGGGACUAACGGUUAUGCUUUGAAGUAUUUGGACAUAUCAAAUAGUUAUCUCACUGAAGAACUUCCAGAUUGUUGGAGCAAUUGGACAUUUUUCUCUUAUAUAUACUUAGGAAAUAAUCAGCUGGUUGGUCAAGUUCCUCCAGCGAUGGGCUCGUCGUUAUAUCAGCUAAGGGCACUAGAUUUACAUGAUAACGGCUUUUCCGGCCAUAUCGGAGAGAUGAAAGAUCUAGAAUCUCUAGAAUUCUCCCAUAACAGUCUUCAUAGGAACAUUCCCCAGAGUAUGUCUGGUCUAUCUUUUCUAAGUGAUUUGAAUUUGUCAUACAACCGUUUCAGCGGACAAAUUCCUUUAAGGACUCAGCUUCAAAGCUUUGAUCCAUGGAGUUACACUGGAAAUCCAGACCUUUAUGGAGCCCCUCUUCAAAAGAACUACACAUUACCAGAAAAACUAGAUAAUACAAAGCAAGUUGAAGGAAGUGAAGAUGAUGGUUUUUUGAGGUCAUUGUAUCUUGGGAUGGGAGUUCGAUUUGCGGUGGGAUUCUAG